UCAAGUCAACUCAUAAGGCUACAAAUAUGUAUUUGUGAUGAGCUAUGAUUCUUUUGAACUAAUUUGAUCUUUCUUCUACUUCUAUAUAAUUUCCUCGAGUUUGAAAAAAAUAUUUCGCUUUUUUUUUAUCAUUCUCUCCUUUCAUUUUAUUAACAUACUCAUUUCUAUCAGAGCUGCCAACAGGCCACUUUUUUUCGACUUGGCCUGGCCUGGUUGCCUGGCCAUAAGCUUUUUGGACAGUAGCAGGCCAGGCCAAAAAAUAACUACUUAGCCUGUAGUCUGGCCUGGCCUGCAGGCUGUUGAGAGAAAAGAACAAACUUAUUGAAUAUUUUUACUCGAUUUGUACAUACAAUUGCACAAUAUUUGUCGGACACUUUCCUUAUUUCCUCACGUUAAUCACGAUAAUAUGUUUAGUUCUUCUCAAUUCAAAUUAUGACGGUACAAAAUUUUUCCACACAAUGGAAAGUCAAAAGAUAUAGAACUGAGCGAUAAAUAGUCUAUUCUAUACAAAACACUAGGCUUUCAAUUUAGUUGUAAUUCCAUCAGCUUUGUUCCAUGACAUUAAAAGUGAUUAUCUUCAGAAAGAAAAUCGUACAAAUCGAAAAUCUGCAAAACACUACUAAUGUUGGUCAGAAAAUCUUGCUUCUUAUCUUCGUCUAGUGAAUGAUAUUGAGUUGAAUUGGAUUAUUAGUCAGCUUCAUUUCUGUUGUGUAUUCAUUCUUCUUGCACAUUGAGACACAUUCUAGCUCAAUCAUAAGCCCAUGUAAAAGCACAAAGAAAAAAAAAUUAGUUCAAAAGAAUCAUCGCUCAUCACAAAUACAUAUUUGUAGCCUUAUGAGUUGACUUAAAGUCUGGAAGUUGCGUACUACUUUCAAUCUUCGCAGCUAAUGUUAAACUAGAAUAUAUGAGAAAUAUUGAUAUGAUUAAUAUGCACUACUGUCAUUCAUCACAAGAAACAGUAGGGUGGUACAUUCAUAGUUCUUUUCUCGACAAGGCUCAUAUAAAAUAGUAGAAAUGAAGGCAUGCAAAAAGUAUAUAUCUUAAAAUAAAAGUAUGUCAUUUUAGUAUUCAUAAUCAAAGUAAGAGUAAAACUUUAAAUUCAAUAUAUUUACUCAAUUAUGUUAAACCUACAAUAUCACUCAAAAUAAGAAUCAAUCAAUAUAAAAAAAUAAGUAGUUAUCAUUCAGGCUACAAGCUUCGGCCUGGUGGCCCGGUCAUAAAUUUUUUGGACAGGAGCAGCCCAGGCUAAAAUCUGAAAACUCGACCUGACUUGAUAGCCUGGUCUGCCAGACGCCUGCAGACCAGGCUGGCAGCUCUGAUUUGUAUUGUAUUAGCAUCAUCUUGACAAUGCGAAUUAUUUGCUCUUCGGUUUAAAUUAGAGGCAUUUCAAGGAAAAACACAUUUAUUUAUGACUUUCUUUAUAUCCCUUAUUGUUUAUUGACUUAAAAUAAUUUUCAGGAUCAUAAAUCAGUUCGCCUUCUCGUUAGAAAGAUAGCAUGGGUGCCGCAAAAAACUCAAAUUUUUCCACUGAGACUAGAUUAAAGCACGGGCAAAUCUGUGAUAUUUGAAAUAGGGAAAACAAUAAUUAGAAAUGAGUUCUAUGAGAACUGACUAUCGUGCUUUUUUUCAUUGGCUCUGAUUAGGAGAAUUGUUUACCAUUUUCAUUGUAAAUGAACCAAAAUGAAUGCUGAUUAAAUAAAUGAUAUUUCCUGUUAUUAAGAAAAGAAUGUUUUAUAUUAUUCCUUAAAAAUAAAGUUAUUGUUUUUUAUUAGGAGGUCAAAACUAAACGACACAUCACCACCAAUAUACGAAAACAUCUUGGAUUAGUUCAUAAACGUACUGAAUUUCUUUAUUCAUCUCAACGAAAAAACUAUUUACCAAAAUCAAAUUCUAUUUCAAUUGAAAGAAAAAAAGAAUUACAUUCAGCAAUUAUAUCAUGUAUAAUAAAAGAUUCACGUUGUUUCAAUGAUUUUAGGAAAAGCGGAAUGAGAGCAUUUCUUGCUGUAGCCAUUCCAGGUUAUGUUCCACCGCAUAGAGUUACAGUGAAAGCUCAUCUUGCUAAACGUUAUGCACAGCAUCGUAGUUCAUUACGUUCUGUUCUUGCUAAUAUACCUGCUAUCGCUCUAACCUCGGAUGUGUGGAAGAACAGCAGUGGAACUCACUUUAUUAGUUUAACAGCUCAUUUUCGUGAUACUAAUUUUAAUCUUAUAUCUCUUACAAUCGGCUUUCGACAAUUAGUUGGUAGUCAUAUUGCCGAACGUCUUCGAAAAUAUAUAUUAUAUGAAAUUACAUCAUUAAAUAUUCAAAACAAAAUCUGUUCAAUUACCACGGAUAAUGCUACAAACAUUGUCGCUGCAACUUCAAAUUUUGAUCAUUUCGGCAUGAGAAUAUCAUGUUUGGCACAUGUGUUGAAUCUUAUUAUUCAAGAUGGACUUAAUUUAUCGGACGAAAACAUGGAAAAAUCUUCGAAUGAUCAAUCAUCAUCAUCCAAGAACAAAAAAAAUUCUAUUGAUGCAAUUAAUGGUGAUGAAGAUAUUGAAUAUCGAAGUUCAGAUGAUGAUACAGGUGAAAAUGAAAAUAAUGAUGAAGAUAAACGUGAAGAUGAAAGUGAAGAAGUAGAAAGUUCAAGUGAUACUGAUUUAGGUGUUGAUGAAAUAAGUCUUAAUGAAAGUUCCAGUGAUGAAGAUGAAACUGAUCUUGACAAUAAUACACCAUCUGCUGGUAAUACAUUAAUGAAUGUACAUUAUUUAGUUAGUCGUGUUCGACAAUUUGCUCGAAUUACUCGUCGAACACAUGUUUUACGUGAUUACUUUCAACAAGAAGCUAAACGUAAAAAAUUAUCUAGUAGUGGUCUUAUAUUAGACUGUAUUAUAAGAUGGAAUUCAUCUUAUUACAUGUUAGAUCGAUUUAUUACUUAUCAAGAUACGAUUAAUCAAAUUACUGUUAAUCCAAAGCGAGUUUUACCAUUUAUGGGUGCCAGUAUGAUUCAUAAGCUUAGUUCUUUCAUCUUCAGCCAUGAUGAUUGGGAACAUCUUAUUGUUACAAAAGAUGUUUUAUCUAUCUUCGAACAAGCUUGCUGUCUUAUUUCUGGUAAAAAAUAUCAAACCAUUUCUAUCGGUUAUGUGGUUCUUGUUGGUCUUCAACAUCAUUUAUCUCGAUACACAGCAACUGGUGUACAACGUAAAAUUGAAAUGAUUAUUAAAAAAAGUUUACUUGAUGCAUAUCAUUAUCACGUGAAUGAUAAAGUGUCUUCGGUUCAGAAGUAUGCCAUGAUGGUGAGUGAUUUUUUCUACGUCUUAGGUUAUUUUUAA